UCUCUACGUGCACCUAUUUGAAGUUCCUUGCCUGUCGUGUCUCCAAGAGAAAGAAGACGAAGAACAAAGUUCCUUGCUUUUAGGGCAGCACCAAGAAAGAAAGAAGACGAAGGAGAAAGUUGCUUGCUUUUACGGCAGCAUCGAUCUAUCCGCACUGGUAGCUUCACAGAGAACUGUGUAUGUGUAGUCCAGGUACUCAAAAUUGCAUCUCCAUUCCGUUCGUCGUCGCCAUAGCUACCUUCUCCUUUGUUGGCAUCGCGAGAGAAAGAGAAAAAGAAAGAGAGAGAGAGAUGAGCAACGCCAAAACCGCCAGAUUUGGGCCUGCGGCCAACUGGGAAGGAUACCGGCGCCAGCCGAACUACACGGAGGCAAUGAAGGAGGGCAUGGACUGCAGGCCCGUGUCGGGACACUACGCUGACGGUGACGGCAGAUCUUGGAGCUGGCAUCAGACUUACGAAAGCGGAGCUGGGGGAGGCCUGCCCAAGCCUGUCGUUGUGGCCAUCCGUGCGCUCCGCAGCUUCGUCGGCGUGGGCGCCGUGGCCGCUUGCAAGGUCGCCGCCGAGGACGCAGUCGACUGCCUCAGUGAAGGGGGUGUUUCGAGGCAUCAACCUGGGCGUUCGUCACUGAAGAAGAUUUGCAGGGAGGGUGCGUACUGGGGGGCUGCUGCCGGAGCUUUUGAGACCCUUGAGUUUGGAGCGGAGCUGAUGCGUGGCCGCUCUGACUGGAAGAACGCGGUGAUUGGAGGCGCCUUGGCAGGUGCAGCUGUCUCAGUAGCAGACGGCUACUACAACAGGAGCCAUGGCGGCAAUGCUGGCACGCCGCAGGUGAUCAAGGCUGCAGUCGCCGGUGGCGCCAUCGGAGCAGCCUUGGAGCUCAUCAGCCACCGCAGGCACGUCGAUCGGUUGAGAACCGAUGGCCAGACAAUGGAACUGACACAUGAACCAAAUCCGCUCACAAGCGGUCGUAAAUAAAACAAUGGAUGUGGAGAGAUUGCCGUGCUGAGGAGGUACUCGACCACCGAAACUCAUGUUAGACACAUACUCCUGUCCUGGUGUUGCAAUUCACGCCAUAAGGAGUGUGUGUUGGGAUUAUAAUAUGCUCACUCACAUUAUACCAUUCUUUAUUAUUUGUCGCUCA